GAGAGGCGGAGAAGCCUUAGCGUGCCGCGAGGCGUCGAGCGGUGAUGGCGUCACUGGGAGCGACACCAGGAAGUGGUGGCGGUCGCAGCAGGAGCAGGCGGGAGCGGAUCCAUUCUCAGGGAUGACUCAGCUGGGUGCCAUAGCAGCUCUCGCUGCCAGCCUGGUGGCAGCCGCUCUUUUUUCCGCAAUACACAAGAUUGACGAAGGGCACAUCGGUGUUUAUUACAGGGGAGGGGCACUCCUGACAUCCACCAGCGGGCCCGGCUUUCACCUCAUGCUCCCCUUCAUCACUUCCUACAAAUCAGUACAGACGACGUUGCAAACAGAUGAAGUGAAAAACGUACCAUGUGGCACAAGUGGGGGAGUGAUGAUCUAUUUUGACAGAAUUGAAGUGGUUAAUUUCCUGAUCCAAGGUGCUGUCUAUGAUAUAGUGAAGAACUUCACUGCAGACUAUGACAAGGCCCUCAUCUUCAACAAGAUCCACCAUGAACUCAACCAGUUCUGCAGUGUCCACACACUCCAGGAGGUCUACAUUGAAUUGUUCGAUCAGAUUGACGAGAACCUGAAGCUGGCUCUUCAGCAAGAUCUGACAUCCAUGGCCCCUGGACUCAUAAUACAGGCCGUCCGAGUCACCAAGCCAAACAUCCCAGAAGCAAUCCGGAGGAAUUACGAACUCAUGGAGAGCGAGAAGACGAAGCUGUUGAUUGCAGCUCAGAAGCAGAAAGUGGUGGAGAAGGAGGCUGAGACGGAGCGCAAGAAGGCACUCAUCGAGGCAGAGAAAAUAGCUCAGGUGGCUGAGAUAACAUAUGGGCAGAAAGUGAUGGAAAAAGAGACCGAGAAGAGAAUAUCUGAGAUUGAAGAUGCUGCUUUCCUUGCCAGAGAGAAAGCAAAGGCAGAUGCUGAAUGUUACACUGCCUUGAAGGCAGCAGAGGCCAACAAGCUAAAACUGACUCCGGAGUACUUGCAGCUGAUGAAAUACAAGGCGAUCGCCUCCAACAGCAAAAUCUACUUUGGCAAGGAUAUUCCCAACAUGUUUAUGGACCAUGCUGGGACUCCCACCAAGUCUUCCGAGGGACUGGCCGAGGAGCUGAGAGAUGAAAACUGGCUAGGAGCAGGGGAGAAUUUGUGAAUCUGAGGGCAGCCAAAAGAGCACCUCGGCCACUGACGAAACGGACGCCUAGCCACUCUCCUUGGUGUGAUUUCUCUCUCAAUCUCUUUCUCUUUCUCUCUCUUCUGGGAUGCCAGAGAACAGCUAGGCAGCCCUCUUUCUGCUACAGAGGCAGGCUGGAAACACAGGAGUUCAGUUUCCCUGGAGCUCUCUGACGACUUAUUUCCCGGCUGUCGGAUUCACCAUUGUUUGUCCUCACACAGAUUGAGCAGGCAACAGCACGUUCCUCUGAUUGGACUCUGCAGCCCCUUCAAUCAGUCAAACAAGCAUGUUCCGUUUCAUUGGAGUUUUGUAGCAACUGGAGCAGGAGAAGCCUUCUCUGGCUAGAAACUGUAGUAUCCUCCUGCAGUUGUGCAUAUGCUUCAGGUACAGUCCAGCCGGUGGGUAAUCAGCGUGUUAUCCAGCAGAUUCAGGAACUGGAACACGGCAUCUCUCUUGCUCUCCUCCCAUUCUUAAACUAGAGUGCUUGACACAGCCCAUGUUGGAUCAUAAGCACAAUAGCCAGAGAAUCUCCAUGUGCUGUUCCUGAAUUACAUGGAUCCCUGUGCAUGCUGUCCAGCAGUUGGAUCCCACCUGUAGCAUAUCUGUUGACACCCGCCCCCAGUUAAAGGUGCUAUGUUUUGAUUUUUGAUUUUGAUUUUUUUUGGAAGACCAGAGAAACACUACAAAUUCCAGACCUGGCAUGGUGAUUCAGAACAUUAAAUAUCAACACACUGAAGACGCGUCCAAAUGGUGCUUAUUUCGGGAUGCAUCCAUCUGAACCCCCAAAUCCACGGGCUGCCUCUCUGCUUCCCCCUUCCUCUCUUGCAUCCAGAACCAGUGUCAGCCUGGCAUAUUUGGGGAGCUGCCCAGGGACUACAGAAAGCCCCAUUGCUUUGCCUUCGGGUUACCUUUGUGCCCAUAGACUUCAUGGGACUCUUGGGGCAGUUCUCUGUGGGCUUCCUAAGACCUGAAGCCCUUCCUCCCUAUGCAGGUGAUGAGGACGAUUAUAAGACUAAAGCCAUCUGAGGCGCACAUUUUACCCUCCACUGUUACAGUGUGUCCCAGUACAGCCGUCCCAGGGAAAGAGACUGUUACCUCCCCAAGGGAUAUUUCUUCUGCUCCAGAGCACUGAUCCCUUGUGAGCACUCAUCCCUUAUAUGGCCCAUCAUGCUUUAUGCAUAAUUGGAGGCACAAGUUGAUUCUGGGUUACAGAUUUCUCUCUAGAUGGGGCCUGCACUACUUUUGAUCCACCAAGCUGAGUGCAGACUAACAGUCAUGUACGUGACUUGCCAGAUGCUGGACAAUCGCCCCUUUUCUCUCUCUCCUUCUUUUCCAUUUGUUGCAGACCCAAGCAAAAACUGAAGGUUUAUAGAGGCAUCGUGUGUUUCUUGGUAGGUCAGACAUUUUGCAGGCAAGUUCUAGACUGAAAACAGCAUCCAGAUUUUCUGUUCCCUCUGCCUUGCCGGAGUGGAAGUACACUAAUCCGGAUCUCACAGUGAGGAAGGUUUCAUUGGAAAUCCGGAUCAUCGCUCCUACACUCCUGCUUGUAACAAAGAUGCCAAUGGUGGGCAGUCUUCCUUUGAGCCAGUUCUGCUGAAAUAUUUAGCUCUUGUGGGAUGGCUUUGUGAAGCGAUCCCAUGAGCGAUGCUUGCAGGACACAAAUGGUUCUGAAUACGCACAGGUGGGUGUCAAGAUCCAAGCAAGAACUUGUAAGCAAAAUGAAACUACAGAGUUGUUUCCAAGUCAGUCCAGCAGCAGCAGGUCUUUUCUCAGAUUCCACUGGUGGUCCGGUUGCAAACUUCAAACCCCUUACUCUGGAGUACGCAGAGCUUUAAAGAGGUUAGAAAACAGUUCACUCUUACGUUUGGGUUCUGCUGUGGGCCCAUUGAUGGCUAGCAAUAGAGCUCUUCCAAAGAUUGCACUAAGGGCAUCGUUCUUGUGGCUCUUCAUUCCAGUCCUCAAAGCACUUGCACGCAGGUAUAUUUGGGGCAAGAGUGGCUGAAGCUCUGAAAGCCUUCUUACAUUGCCUUGAUACAUCCUAAAGCAGGGUGGCUGACCUGCGGCUCUUCAGCUGUGGCUGGACCAGAACCUCCAUCGUCACCAGCCACAAUUUAUUGUUCAGCAGCAGCUGGAGAGUCAAGUUGGCCACUUGAGUCACCAAAACCUUCAUUCUUGCAGUGAGUGUUUUUUGCCUUCAGCUGACUGACAUGUACUGAAAAAGUUGAUUCCAAACUAGCACUGACCAGUGGCAUUUGUAAGACAAGCUAGCGAAUCCUAGCGAGUCCAGGAAAAGGCUAGGCAAAAACUGGUAACCAUUUCUAUACUGUUCUAGAUUGUUUUCUAUGGAGGAAAAGUCCGUCCCAUGAGUGCCCCUGAUACAGUCCGCAGUGGCACUGCUCAGAGACAGGUUUAGAAUCUGUCUGAACUAGGCCACAAUUGCCCUGUGCCAUUCACACUGAACUGAGUUUGCACACAACACAGCAGGCGAUGGACUGGUCCCUUGGGGUUGGCAUAUUACGACAUUCCAUUCAGUGUUCCCUCUAACCGGGAUUCCCGGAUGUGGACGACAACUCCUAGAAUCUCCAAGCAAAAGCCAUUGCAGCUGGGUAUUCUGGGAGUUGUAGUCUACAACAGCUGGGAAUCCCUGUUAGAGGGAACACUGAUUCCAUUGAAUGUUUCACACAGCAUCAUUUUGAGCUUACACUACUUGCUCCCAAGGAAUGCCAUUGCAAUCCCUGAAAUUACAGGCAACGUAAGUGAUUUGAGGACUGGAGUCUUGAGCUUUUUCCUGAUCCCUUAGGCUUUCAAUGGAAGUUGGCACGUCCAGUGGCCCCUUUUCUAAUGGGUCUUGAGGGCCACUUCACACCUUGUGAAAUAAGUGGGUGCACUAUAUAUAUUUGUGGGGUAACCCAAGAGGGAACUGUGCCUUUUUAUGACUAUAUGGAUGCUGCAAAUACCAUGGGAAGAUCUGGCCCUUUUUCUGUGCUUUGAGGCGGAUUUUCCUUCUUGUAUGUAGUUGGUGCUCACCUAGUGCCCUACGUUUUCUUAAUGAGAAAAACAACCCUAUGGGCAUAAAUAUGGUUCUGAAAAUGUACCUGUAAUCAUCUAUAUCUUGAAAUGUGAGGCUUAGAUGGGCAAAAGUCCAUGUCUAUGCUGAAUGUAUUAGAGUAGGGAUUCUGAAAAACUUGGGUUCCAGAUGUGAUUGGACUACAGCUCCCAUCAUGCCCAGCCACAAUGACCAACUGCUGUUGUGACUGGGGAUGAUAGGAGUUGUAGUCUAACAACCUCUUGGGACCCAAGUUUCAGAACCCCCGAAUUAGAGGGAAUGGGGAAAUGUUCAGAAAGUCUGGAUUUGUAUGAUUUGCUUUUCCUCUCUCCCCUCCUUCUCUUCUCUCCCUACAUCACCCCAGGUAGUUUAUUGUGGCAGGAAAUGAUGGGUUUUGUAGUACCAACAGCUGAGAGCCUCAGGUUGGCCACCCCUAAGCUAGGCACCUAAAACUGAUCUGUACUUCUUUGACAUGUCUUUACUUUUUGAUCUUUCUCUGCAGUUGGAUUCCUACUGUCUGUGUGUUAUGUCCAAGACUGCAAUAGAAAGCAAAGCAUUUUUUUCUUGGCUUUCAUAAACUAUUCUUUGCAAAUAAGAUUAUGCAUGUGCAAGAAUGUAAAAAAAAACUGAGGAGAAAAACAUUUUUAAACUGGGAGACUUGUGGAGGCGACCACAUUUUUUUGUUUUGUUUUUGCUCCUGAUAAAAGUUGGUAACUAAGAUUCUAAUGUGUAUUUUUGUACUCAAAGCUUUUUUAACAAGCAAAAAUUCAAAUUCCAGCAAAGCCAAAGUAUAUUAUAUGACUCUAAUGUAAAAAGGUUGCUUAGAAUAAACAGAUCUUUGGGUUUUUUAAAUAGAGAAGUUCAUUAAAUGAAAACUACCACUAUUCAGUGAGAAGCUGCAAAUAUUAAUGUGAAGGGGGGUGGGGACAAUUUUAAGAUGUAGAUUCUGUCGAGCCUCUUAGGUACUAGAAAUGCACAUUUAGCUAGAAUUUGUUUUUUGUCUGAUCACUGCUUUCUUAAAAGUGGAGUCUUUCUCUCCCAGACACCCACUGUUAGCCUAUGAGCAAUUUUCUUCCUCUUUCCUUUUUAUAUUUCCAUUCAGUUCCUUUGACCACUUAAUAACUUCGUUCUGCUUCUCAUGUGUGCAAGAGUUUUGCAAAGAGGAUUUGAGUGCUUACAACCAAUGUCCUUAAUGAGGGGGAACAGGAGGAUGUCACACUGUCCGGGCAACUACCAUGCAAAUCUGCUGCUGUAUUUCUUCUUAUCUCUUUGAUUUUUUUUUAAAUUAGAAAUUGUGUUAUCUGAUUAAACCAGCCUGUACGUUUUCAAUAUUUAUUAUAAUGACUGAAUAAAAUGUUCUUCACUUUCAA